UCUCUGUCUCUCCAUCUCUCUCUCUCUCGGGAUGCCAGGACGAGCGCUUCUCAGGACGGCGCUGCUGCUUUGGUUGGCUCAGCCGACACUUCAGGGUGGAACAGGGUACAAACCUCAAAAUGGUGGUUUGGGCCAAAUGUUGAUACCAUCCAAAGGAUAUGGUCACGGUCCACAGAAUGCCAACACCUACCAACUCAACACUAAAGCACAAGGUUAUGGACCUGCAGCACCUCAGCCCAAUGGGAAUGGAGCCAAAGGUUAUGGUGCUGCACAGGCUGCCGGAAAUAGAGGAAAACCCAGUGGUCCUUAUAAAGGAUACGGUGCUGUACCUGCUGCUCUCGGAAAUGGAAAUGGAGCCAGACCCAAUGGUCCUUAUACAGGGUACGGUGCUGUACCUGCUGCUCUCGGAAAUGGCGCCAAACCCAAUGGUCCUUAUAAAGGGUACGGUGCUGCACCUGCUUCUCUCGGAAAUGGAAAUGGAGCCAAACCUAAUGGUUAUGGAAAUAAUGGCAACUUACCCAAUGGUUACGGACCUGCACCUGUAGCUUCUAAAGGACGGGGACCCAAACACAGCGGCUAUGGAGCUUCACCUUUUACAUCCAAUGGCCAGAAAGCAAAGCCAAACCCAAAUGGAGGUUAUGGGUCCAAGCCAAAUAAGCCUGGAUAUGGAGCACAACCUUCAUAUGGUGGAUUUGGAGCAGGGAUGAGAAUAGCACCACAAAUGGCCUACAAAGGACGAGGAGGCUAUGGGCAAGGAAACGGAUAUGACCAGGCAGAUUCUUCAUUCGCAGGCUACAGAAACGGACCGGCUUCUUAUCCCCAAUCUGGAGGCAGUCUCGGUGGAGGAUACUUGAAUGGAGCAAAAGCUGCCAAACCUGGUUAUGGUGGUGGACCUUUGGCACAGAGUGGAGGAGCAGCCAAGCCCAAUGGCUAUGGUCCAGUCGCUGGUGGUCCGAAUGCACAGGGAGCAAAACCUGCAGGAUAUGGAGGCACCAAAGGACCCAAAGCAGGAUAUGCUGGAUAUCCCAAUGGAGCUGGAAUUAAAGGACCGAAACCAGGUUACGGUGGUUUGCCCACAGGUUACGGACAGAGAUCCAAUGGAUAUGGAGGUUAUCCCAAUGCGGGUGCUAAAGCACCUAAGCCAGGGUAUGGUGUUGGUGCUGGUAAUGGAGGAGCAAGUAAUGGACAAGGAGCCAAGCCCAAUGGAUAUGGCCCUGUAGCAAAUGGAAAUGAGAAAGGGCCCAAAGGAAAAAGCCUUAGCCCUGAAGCCCCAAGUCUUCCAUCAGUAACAGGGUACACCAAAGGAGUUGCACAGCCAGCUAAACCUGAGCCUACCAUAGGAGUACCUACUGCACUGCCACCCACCAAGAGAAUGCCAUUAAUGUCAAAUUGGAAGGGCCCAAAACCUCAGGUUCCACAAGGCUACCCGUCUCAGCCAAUAGUGCAAGAGCAGGCUCCAGUGAAUCUACAGAAUAAAGCACCCAAACCUGAACAAUAUGUCCCACAAGGACAAGCUCCGUUCCCAGUGCUUGCACCCCUCAUUCCUCAGGGUAAAGGUCCAAAGCCAGCCACCCAAAUAGCUCCAGAAAUUCCUCAAGGAAAUCCUCAGAAACCAGUUGCUCCUGCUUUACUUCCAUUCACUCAACCAGAGAAAGCCCCAAAGCCAGUUGCUCAAGACCAACAGCUUGUUGCACCAGUGUAUCCACAGGGGAAUGGUCCAAAGCCAGUUGCUUUACAACCAGCUGCUCCACAAGGUAAAGGUCCCAAACCUGUUGCUCCGGGCCUUGAGAUUCCACAAACGAAAGAUCCCAAACCUGUAGCACCAGAACCAGAUGCACCACAGACAGCAGGUCUUCCACUUGCCCUUGAACCAACCCCUGCUACGCCUCAGAUGAAGGGUCCAAAAGUAGCAAAUCCUGAUUGUGGACUUGGAGUGUCUGGACAAUGGACUAAGCUGCCCAGUCCUGGAUAUGGUCCUGGACCGUGGUACCCAAACAGUAGAGGAGCCAAGGCCUCAAAACCAGGUCCAGGAUAUGGCCCUAAACUCAAACAGCCAGGCUACAUUAAUCCAGGAGCAGGAUACGGAUAUGGCAACGGUGGAGCAGGACAGCUACCGUAUAACGGUGCCCCCAUCAUCCGCGCUCGACUGGAUGCAGGAACCAGUCCAAUCGAACCGCAGACGGCUGAACUCGGGCCUGAGGUGAAAUCUGGCCGUGAAUACGGUGGACCAUAUGGAGCUCAGCCAAUGGGAUUAGGCUCCGAGGGAAAGCCUCAAGUCAGAUAUGGGAUCGGCGGCCUCCUUUUUAGCGGCUCACCCAGAGGAUACAACUCCAAUCCGUACGGGAAAUACGGUAAUCCCGAUGCUGCAUCGCCUUAUGGUUCUAAAGCAGCCGGAAACUACAAUCCGCUGGAAUUUAACGCCAAUCCCAAAUCUGCUGGGAAAUACAGUAUGGGAGGCUCUCCGUACACUGCUAGCACUAGUGACUCUGGAAAAUAUGGACCUUAUGGUGGCCAGCAGCUUGGUUUGCAAGCUCUCGCUGGGAAUUCUGGGAAAUAUGGCCAGUCUGUUGGACCCUACGCCCCGGAGCCGAUCAGUCUCGGUGGUGAUGCUAAAUCAUCUGGAAAAUAUGGCAAUCCAUCGCUUCCAUUUGAGGCCCUCGGUCCAGUCACUGAUGGUCAGUCCAUCGAUCAGCCUGUGCUGCAAUAUGAAGCUCCUGCUAUUGAUGGAUUGAAGUCUGUAGAUCAGUUCGGAGAUGGAGAGGUGCAGCCCCAACCUAUUGCUCCUCUGCUAGAUGAUCGAGUUGGAGAAGGGCCAGCCUCUUAUAUCAAGGGAGGAGUCCGAGCUGAAGCAGUGUCUCUAGAAAACCCUGCCUUCUCGCCGGUGGACACGCCCACUGAAGCAGCGACACCGCAGCACAUUCCCGUUCAGCAGAACCUCAAAGGCCCACAGCUACCCCAGUCCUGGUCAGGAGGCAAGGAGCCGAAACACGACCUGAAAGGAUUCUUCGGCAAUGGAUAUCACGGUUGAUCUUGAAGAAGAGGGAACAAACGUGUGUCCAGUUGUUGUUGAUGUUUUAUAUUGUUUUGUUUUUUUUAGUAAUUAUUGUAAAUUUAUCACUGUCUAUUUUAAAAUUUUGAACGUAUAUCCUCCCUCCUUUAACAUACCAAAUAAAUUAAGAAUAAAACAUAUUUUUAGGGCCACAUAGUGAUAUUGCAGGAUUAUUAUUUCAAAAAUAUUUCAUAUUUACCAGUCAGAUGAUGUGUGUCCCAUACAGUAUAUAAUGAACAUAAAUGUUUUUAUGCCAUAUUGUUUUGUUCUGCGUUCAUUUCCUUUCCAAACCUUUCACUGUAUCAGAAGUGCAUGCUUUACUGUCUUAUGUGUUUUAUUUUGUAACUAAGCACGGGAUAAUUUAUUGAGUAUGGAUUUCUUUCUGUAGUGAGAAGCUCUUUGAUUUUUAUAAAGUUCCAUUUUUAAUAAAAAAAAACGUUAAAAUAAAGAACAAGAAAAAAGGAGGGACACUGAA